CGUCCUAGGUCGCCAUUUUGGUGGAAAGUUUGGAAUUUCUGAUACACUGGUAGAGGGGGAGGAAAAAAAAAGAAUAGAGAGGGAACGAAGUUUGACUUAAAGAAAAAUAAGCAAUUAGUGAGGGAAGCGGAGUGAGUGAUAGGGGCGCGUAGAAGUGGAGGAAUAAGCUGCGGAGGACACACGUUGAACUUUUACAUAUGUCACUCUAAGACGGGAUUUGUUAUUUUUCAGGUUCUUUUGGUCAGGUCGCUUUCUACUUGUGCCACCUUUGCCACCACCGAUUCUGUUAGCAGCAUUUUCCCAUAUUUAAAUUAUGCAUGACUCAGUCCUCCUUCGGAGUGGCUGAAUACUAAAUAAUAUACUUAGGUGGUAAGCCUUUGCAUGAUUUUUUUUCUACCUUUCUUUUUUAUUUUUAUUUUUAAUAAAGUUCUGCAGUCAUUCAGAUCCGUUCGUCGUUGAAAGUCCAGGAGUAACCGUGCGUCCGCUGUCCGGUUCCUGAACCGCGGCCACCGCGGGAGGCGGUUCUCUCCGGCGGCACCGGGGAUAUAGUCGCCGGAACGCGGAUUGGCGCUCCUUCGGGUCAGAGUAAGAGCGGUUUUGGCUUGUCGGCUGGAGGAAGAGAGGGAGGGGGAAAGAGAGAGAGAGAGAUAGCCGACGUCGGUUCGCCCAGCCGAACCGAGCCGAGCGAAAGUGUCCCGUCGUCACCAAGGGAAGAGUUUUGCCCUGUGCGAGAACAUUUCAACAGGCUAGCGAGCGAGCGCAGCCUUACUAGCUAGUCCGCUAGCUGGCUAGCCUAAACAUGCCGGUGCGCAAGAGAGAUGCAGAACGGGCGCUGGUGCUCCUGGAGGAGUACCGCAGGAAGCUCAGUCAGACCGAGGACCGGCAGCUCCGGCACUCCGUCGACAGGGUCAUCGACAUCUUCCAGAGCAACCUCUUCCAGGCUCUAAUAGAUAUCCAAGAAUUUUAUGAAGUGACCUUAUUGGACAGUGAGAAAUGUGUGGAGUCUCCCAAACCAGCUGAGCCCACGGCCUCUGUGAACCUGUGGGAUUUCUCCAGCCUUCAGAGCACGACCGUGACAUCAGAAACCCAGCCCAGCAGCAUUAGCACCAGUAUAGAGAAAUACAGGCACCAGGAUGAAGACACGCCACCCCCGGAACAGAGCUCCCCGACGCCCCCUGGCGAGCCCCAGGGCCCUGAACUGGUGCAGGUAUCUGAGAAGAACAUCUCCCAGAUCGAGAAUGUACACGGCUUCGUCUCCCACUCGCACAUCUCCCCCAUGAAGGUAGAGUCCUUGGAGUGCAUCUUCGACGGGCCUUCCGCGUUAGGAGUGGAGGAGAUCCCGACCUCCGCCUACUCCACCCUGUACUCACAAAGCGAUGUGCUCUUGCAGGAGACAGAUGCUGUUCCUCCCUCUGCUCCCAUAAUCCCCGUGAUCCCUAUAUCGCCCAUCCCAGCCAAGACCCCUGUCAUCUCUUCACCCACGUCACAGGCCAAUCCCCCACCUGUUCUGGUGAACACUGACAGCCUGGAUUCGCCGUCAUAUGUCAAUGGAACAGAAGCUGAUUAUGAAUAUGAAGAAAUCACGCUUGAACGGGGCAAUUCAGGCCUGGGCUUCAGCAUCGCCGGCGGUACAGACAACCCCCACAUCGGCGAAGACCCCAGCAUCUUCAUCACCAAAGUUAUCCCCGGGGGAGCGGCAGCCCAAGACGGCCGGCUCCGGGUCAACGACUGCAUAUUGAGAGUGAACGACGUGGACGUGCGAGACGUCACUCACAGUAAAGCCGUAGAAGCCUUGAAAGAGGCCGGAUCUAUAGUGCGGCUUUACGUCCGGAGGAGGAAACCGCACUCAGAGAAGGUGAUGGAGAUCAAGCUGGUGAAAGGCCCAAAAGGUCUGGGCUUCAGCAUAGCCGGGGGCGUGGGGAACCAGCACAUCCCCGGGGACAACAGCAUCUACGUCACCAAGAUCAUCGAGGGCGGGGCCGCACAUAAGGACGGGAAGCUGCAGAUAGGAGACAAACUGCUGGCCGUGAACAGCACUCCCCUCGAGGAGGUGAGCCACGAGGACGCGGUGACGGCCUUGAAGAACACCCCGGACGUCGUGUACCUGAAGGUGGCCAAACCCACCAGUGUCUUCAUGAACGACGGCUUCGCUCCCCCUGACAUCACGGCCUCCUACUCCCAGCAUGUGGAGAACCACGUCAGCCCCCCAGCGUACCUGGGCCAGCCGGUCGUCACCAACACCACCUCCACCACCUCCACCAUGGGGCGCUGCUCUCCCACCCCCCCCAAGGCCCUGGCUGGAGAGGAGGAUCUCACACGGGAGCCCCGGAAGGUGGUGCUGCAUCGAGGCACCACUGGGCUGGGCUUCAACAUCGUGGGCGGUGAAGACGGAGAGGGCAUCUUCAUCUCCUUCAUCCUGGCCGGGGGGCCGGCUGACCUGUGUGGGGAGCUGCGGAAAGGGGACCGCAUCGUGUCGGUUAACGGGGUGGACCUCCGCAGCGCCACCCACGAGCAGGCCGCAGCUGCGCUGAAGAACGCGGGUCAGACAGUUACCAUCGUGGCGCAGUACAGACCCGAGGAAUACAGCCGGUUCGAGGCCAAAAUCCAUGACCUUCGGGAGCAGAUGAUGAACAGCAGCAUCAGCUCCGGGUCCGGCUCGCUGCGGACCAACCAGAAGAGGUCCUUAUAUGUCAGAGCGUUGUUUGACUAUGACAAGACGAAAGACUCCGGGCUCCCCAGCCAAGGCCUGGACUUCAAGUUCGGGGACAUCCUGCACGUGGUGAACGCCUCCGACGACGAGUGGUGGCAGGCGCGGCAGGUCACCCCCGACGGGGAGGUGGAGGAGAUAGGCGUCAUUCCCAGCAAGCGAAGGGUGGAGAAGAAGGAGAGAGCUCGGUUAAAGACGGUCAAGUUCAACUCCAAAUCGCGAGACAAGGCGCAGUCAUUCAAUGACAAGCGUAAAAAGAAUCUCUUUUCCCGAAAGUUCACUUUCUACAAGAACAAGGACCCAGGCGAGCAGGAAACGAGCGAUGUUGACCAGCAUGUCACUUCUAAUGCCAGCGAUAGCGAGAGUAGCUACCGUGGCCAAGAGGAGUACAUACUGUCAUACGAGCCAGUCACCCAACAGGAAGUGAACUACACUCGGCCCGUGAUCAUUCUGGGACCCAUGAAGGACAGGAUAAACGAUGACCUGAUCUCGGAGUUCCCCGACAAAUUCGGCUCCUGCGUUCCUCACACGACCAGACCAAAGCGAGAAUACGAGGUAGACGGCAGAGACUAUCACUUUGUCGCCUUGAGAGAGCAGAUGGAGAAAGACAUCCAGGAUCACAAGUUCAUCGAGGCGGGCCAGUACAAUAACCACUUGUAUGGGACCAGUGUCCAGUCUGUGCGUGAGGUGGCGGAGAAGGGCAAGCACUGCAUCCUGGAUGUGUCGGGAAACGCCAUCAAGAGGCUCCAGAAUGCCCAGCUGUAUCCCAUCGCCGUGUUCAUCAAACCGAAAUCGGUGGAGAACAUCAUGGAGAUGAACAAGAGGCUGACGGAAGAGCAGGGCAAGAAGACAUUCGACAGGGCCAUGAAGCUGGAGCAGGAGUUCAUGGAAUAUUUUACCGCCAUCAUCCAAGGGGACACCUUGGAGGAGAUUUACGAGCAAGUUAAGCAGGUCAUGGAGGAGCACUCUGGGCCCUACAUAUGGGUGCCAGCCAAAGAGAAAUUGUGAAGAGGCUUCAAGUUCUACUGUCUCUUUCUGUCCAUUUUAUUUAUUUUUUUAAUGGCCUGCAGUGUUUUAAUGCCCCCCCCCCCCUUUUACUCCAAGCUUCCAAAUCCACAGGCCCCUUUGCCGUGCGUUUGUCAGUGGGGUCACGACCUUUGCUAGGCCCCAGCACGCACCCCCCCCUUCCUUAAACUCUGGCUGUCCCCUCAGGACUGAGUUCUCCUAUGGGUCACCACAGCUUCCUGCUAAGGGUUAAGGGCAGUGCCUGUCCAGCUACAAUAUGUGGGUUUUUUUUACGGUACAUUUCCUUAAUGUUUAAGGGAGGCGACUUUUGGGGAGGAAAAAAAAUUUUACUUGGAUGCAUUAUAUACAACUGUCUCUGAGAUUAAUUUUAUGACAGUGGAAAGAUGUCUCAGACUUUAAGUCACACAGAGCAGAACGUUGCACGUUGCCGCUCCAGCAGCAUGCAGCUAUCUUCUCGUCUGCCCGCCCUCUCUCUCCUAAUUUCUACCGAUCUGUAUUUUUCGUAGUCCUUUACUGCAAUCCAUCCGUCAUAGCCUUGUUUUCUUUUACCGUACCAUUGCACACUGCCCCCCCC